GACUUUGCAAACACACACACAAAAAAUCCCAAAAAGAAAAAUUUAACGAUUCAACACCAAAGACGAUUUAGCACGAAAUUGAAGGAGUCCAGAACGACGCGCUACGAUUCGGUCUCCACGGCGUUAAGAGCGACCUCGUCGGAUCUCACUCUCUCCAAUCUGCUUACGAAUCAAUAAUCCCUACUACCGAUUGUUUUCCUGGAAAAUAUACGAGACUUAAUAUUAUUAUUUUGUUUGUUUAUUUGUGUGUGUAUUUCAUCUUGUUGUGUUCAUUACUCAGAUCUCAAAUGCACGCCUGAGCAUAGUUGAUCGACCGUAUUAUAUUUUUGAAAAAAAAAAGUGGUUUAGGGUUUGUUGCCAGAUGGUUCUUAUGAAGUUAAAAUAGUUACUUAUUUUUUUAAAAGAUUUUUAUUUAGGUUUUGAGAUAGUAUUGGGAAUGGAAUACUAUUUAUUUAUGUGUGUGUUUUUUGUAGGCAAAGAAAACGCAGGAACAGAUGAAGAGGAAAGUCCUGGCCAAUACUUAUGGGACAGCAAUGCCACUCAAAAUGGAUCUCGAUAGGCAAAUUUUGUUCGCUAUGGCAGUGAGGUUUUAAAAGCUCCAGAGGGAUUUUUCAGCAAGUACACACCUGCAUAUAUAGCUCGUGUCAGUGCCAUGGUUCGUGGUGCUUCCAGGGGUAUUGCUCAAAAGGAGUGUGUUGAUUCUUUCUUCUCACAGAACUCUUUUAUCAGCUAUGACACUCUGCAUAAACUUGGAAUUUCCCAGCCUAUUCAGUACUUGCUGCCCAGAUUUCCUGAAGGCAUACCACUAGUUGCAGCAUUUGUUCACCCUUCAAUGAUUGAGAUGUUGGAUGCUGCUAUUGAGGAUGCAAUUGAACGUGGUAGCUGCUACAGGGAGCACCUAAAACUGAAAGCUAGAUAUGAGGAACUGCAACGAACUCAGAGGAAUCUCCUAGGUGAAGACUUGGGUCCAUUGAACUCAAAGGAGCUUGAGCAGCUUGAGCAUCAACUAGCUUAUAGGUUUUAUCUUGUUUGGAGGACCCAAUAUAUGCUUGACCAGCUUUCUGAACUUCAGAAUAAGCUUGAAGAAAUUAGUGCCAGAAACCAGUUUCGAGUAUCAUGGGAAGGUGGUGAGCAAAGUGUAGCAUUCACUAACCAGCAGGCUCAAUCUAUGGGGUUGUUUCAGCCAUUGGAAUGCAAUCCAACUUUGCAGAUAGGGAUUCACAUUCAAGGAGCAAGAAACAUCGCAGCAACUCAUUGGGAUCGAGCAGUCAGAAUUCAGAAUCAAGUGACACACAAGAGCUAGAUUUGGAGCUUAGA